UCCUUCGCUCACUGCGAGUGCUAGUCGUCGUCGUCGUCUACUCCAUCCUCCCAGCUCGUCUUCCCCGGCGCGCGGGGGGGCCGUCGACGGCGAGUGGGCCCACCAGAGCGCGCGGGCGUGGGCGGACGGCCUCCCCCUCUCCUCCCCGGGCCCCGUGACCUAGCCUCCUCCUCUGCGUGCCCCCCCUCGCGCGCGCGGCCGGCCAGCAGGUCUGGAGGGGCGCCCGCGUCCGCGUCCGUCUCGGCACGAACCGAAUUGAAGGUACAUUUGUGAAAAAUGGGAGUUUACCUUAGUACCCCCAAAACUGAGAAGCUAUCUGAAGAUGGAGAAAAUGACAAACUUAAAUUUGGACUCUCAUCUAUGCAAGGAUGGCGUGCAACUAUGGAGGAUGCUCACUCAGCUUUACUAAAUCUCGAUAAUGACACAUCAUUCUUUGGCGUUUUCGAUGGACAUGGAGGAAGAGUGGUCGCCAAAUUCUGUGCAAAAUAUCUGCACAGAGAAGUUCUCAGAAGUGAGGCCUAUUCAGCAGGUGAUCUGGGCACUGCAGCCCAUAAAGCUUUCUUUAGAAUGGAUGAGAUGAUGCGUGGUCAAAGAGGCUGGCGAGAACUACAGGCACUUGGAGAUAAGAUAAACCAGUUUACUGGCAUGAUAGAAGGCUUGAUCUGGUCUCCAAGAGGCAGUGAUUCAAAUGAUCAAAAUGAUGAUUGGGCUUUUGAAGAGGGACCACACUCUGACUUUGCUGGGCCAACCUGUGGGAGUACAGCUUGUGUUGCCAUAGUAAGAAAUAGCCAACUUCUUGUAGCAAAUGCUGGUGAUUCCCGCUGUGUUAUCUCAAGGAAUGGUCAGGCAUACAAUUUAUCAAGAGACCACAAACCAGAGCUUGAAGCUGAGAGAGAAAGAAUACUAAAAGCAGGGGGUUACAUCCAAAUGGGACGAGUAAAUGGAACUAUAAACUUGGCAAGAGCAAUUGGUGAUAUGGAAUUUAAACAGAACAAGUUUUUGUCUCCUGACAAGCAAAUGUUAACCGCAAACCCUGACAUCAACACUGUGGAGCUUUGUGACGAUGAUGACUUUCUUGUUUUAGCAUGCGAUGGCAUCUGGGACUGCAUGUCUAGCCAACAACUGGUUGAUUUCAUCCAUGAACACAUAAACACAGAGAGCACCCUUUCCGCAGUAUGCGAAAAAGUGUUAGAUAGAUGCCUGGCUCCAUCAACUUUAGGUGGAGAAGGAUGCGACAACAUGACAAUGAUCCUAGUGCAGUUCAAGAAGCCAGUUAAUCAGAACAAGAAUGUCAGUCCUGCAGAACAAUCGGCUGCCAACACAUAAACACAACCAGCAGGAGACACAGAGCAGUGUAAGAUCCACGUGACCGCGGACAGUAGCUCCUGAUGUUCUAGCCCGAUAAAACCUGUACACCAAAGAACAGCCAGUGUAUCACGUCUCAAUUGGCUGUACAGUGUACAGGCAUAAUUGACGAAAUUUUCAGUGUACAUAUCAGAUACAGUAUGUGUUAAAAUUGUUGACCCAAUGUUUCACCCGUGGGGCACUUCAUACUGGCCAACUUGUUCUGCUGCUAGCAGCCAGUCAGUUUGUCAUUCGAAGCUCCAGUUUGUAAGUUCAGGCUGUGAUUUAAGUUUAACCCAUCAAACGUCUUCUAACUGUACAUUUGGAUGGAAAAUGAAUUACCUAA